AUGUUGCUCGCUGUCAAACCGACAGGCGCAGCCUGGAGCGACCACCCCCACACGCGCCAUGCACACCCACGUGGGGGAAAGGCAGCUGGCAGGAGGCAAGCAUCCUUGAGGACCUCACUGCCCUGUGUGGUCGCUGCUUUGUCUGCCCACCUCUGCAGAAGGCAGGCGCUGCGUCACAGCCAGAGAGGUACCCCGCAAGCGGCCUCGAGAGUUUGCCUUCGGAGUGUCGCGCAAAAGGAGGCAGUGCUAACGCUGAGCACGUUGUCUACCUCAUCGGACUUCACAGUCACAGAUGCAAUCAUUGAUCGCCUGUCCGACAGUGACCUCUUUGAGAGGCUGGCCAGAUUUGAGGAGGACCUGCUCGUAAAGCGUGAUGAGCAGGAUGCAGAGCUGUUGCAGGCCGGCAUUCAGAAGGGAAUUGAUGAGGGCGCGCUGAAAGCUCCGAGCAAGAAGCCCGUCUACCAGGACAUAGACGUCACGACGAUGGAGGCGGAUGAGCGCGCUCGCUACAUGGUGACGAAGCUUCCGCCCAUGACGGAGGGCUGUGUCGUCAUCCUCGUUGGGAAGAGUGGCACCGGGAAGGAAACCACCUUCAAGAAGCUGCAGGCCGAGCUCCCUUCGGCCAUCCCGUGGUCCAAUGGCAACUGCUUUCGAGCCCUGACCUUGCUGGCCGUCACCCACUGCGAGCUGGAGGGCCAUGAGUUCGAUCUGGCCUGCCUGACGCCCGAGAACUUGGAAGCCUGGGUCGGCAUGUUGCAGGUGGUUUUGGAGGAGGGCUCGGACACCAUCGACGUUCGAAUCAAGGGCCUCGGCAUCGACAAGAAGGUCUCGGAAAUUAAGGACACAAUCUUGAAGGAUCCUCCCAUCUCCGAGCUCCUCCCCCUGGUGGCCAAGUCAACGCAGGCUCAGGUCGUGGCCUUUGCCCGGCUGGCGUUGCAGGAGGCCGCCGCAGCCGGCCGCAUCGUCCUCCUGGAGGGGCGCGAGGAGCUUGUGCUGUGCAAGGAACAUCCUAGAAGCCCUAGAAGCCCUAACUGCCCUGGUCUCCCUAACCCACCCCGAAACCCUAAACCCUAA